AUGCUUCCACCGUCGAUUUGCUUCAUGACGAGACCUCCGAAUAUACGCAGCUUGUGGAUUAGUCCUCCAUCUUUCCAGUUCAUUCGGUUCCCUCCUAUGUUCCGCUGCCGCUUGCAGACGACUCCUCUAAAAUUCCGCCGCCACUUGCUGACGACUCCUAUGACUAUAAUGAAGAGUGGCGGGCGAUGGUUUUUGGUGGGAAUCAUGAGGAGAUUGAAAGAGCGCUACUCUCUAUUCCUCUCAUACCGUUGCAAGACAGAACGUUUUGGGUCAGAGUUUUCUAAUCUGUUCUUCCUUCAUCCUUCGCUGUGUACUGGUCAAGCCCGAGCUAAGAGACGAUACCUUCCACUAAAGCUAUUGUUUCUGCUAAGUGUGGAACGGCAUCACCAUCGUCUUGAAGGAGUACCAAAUCAAAAUUCAGUCUUAGUUGUUGUUGUGUGGUGGUUCAGUGUUAUUCAACAUCAACAGCUAUACCAGCAGUCUAUGGAAUCUGGAUAUGGAAACGAGGCUGUUCGUCAACCAUUUGUGGCGGAUCAAGCAGGGAGCACAAGCGCCGCUAACUUACGACCUCCCAAUCCGAGUGCUUCAGAUGUUAAGCACCACUACUCCAUCCAAACAGGGGAGGAGUUUUCUCUUGAGUUUAUGCGUGAUCGGGUAGUUCCUCAGAGGUCUUCAAACGCCAAUGGAGCUGGAGACAUGAAUCAUACCACAGGUUAUAUGGAGCUUAGAGAUUUGAUUGGGAUAAGUCACGCAGCAUCCGACUGUGCUUCGGAUGUCUCCAGGUUGAGCAUUGCAGAGAAUGGCACGAGGGAGUAUGAAAGAACGAACUCUUCGCUUCACGAGUUUGGGAAUAAGCUUGGUCAUGUCCAGUCAGCACCACCUGCUUCAAUAAGUAAAGAUAACAACCUAAGAAAUUUACACGGAUACUCGUCUUCUUCAGCCUCAGGUAGUGUAACAGCGAAGGUGAAGAUCCUCUGCAGCUAUGGUGGGAAGAUACUUCCACGUCCAGGUGAUUCAAAGCUUAGAUAUGUUGGAGGAGCGACGCACAUUAUUUCCGUGAGGAAAGACAUAUCUUGGGUGGCGCUACGGCAGAAAAUCCUUGAGAUCUAUUUCCAGACUCAUGUUGUAAAGUACCAGCUUCCUGGUGAAGAGCUUGAUGCCUUGGUGUCUGUGACAUGUGAAGAAGAUCUCCAGAAUAUGUUUGAAGAAUAUAAUGAGAUGGAAAACCGUGGGGGCUCUCAUAAGGUUAGGAUGUUUCUGUUCUCCACCAGCGAUCUGGAUGAUGCUCUUUUGGGGAUUCACAAGAAUAACGGUGACUCUGAGUUCCAAUAUGUUGUAGCUGUAAAUGGCAUGGACAUUGGAUUAGGAAGGAACUCAACCCCUCAUGGGCUAGAUAGCUCUUCAGCAAACAAUUUAGCUGAGCUUGAUAUACUGAACACCGAGGGGAUCAAUAGCAUUGGUGGAGAUGUUGCUGGAGUAGGCGGAUCGCAGUUGAUUGCAAAUGGCUUCCAACAAACCGAGUCUAUUCCACCAAGCCCACCGCUUCAAUAUUCUCAAUCUGUUCCACCGAUUUCUGCUUAUCAGUUGCAGCAAUCUGUUCUGCCAAGUUCUGCUCUUCAUUAUACACAGUCCAUUCCCUCGAGUCCCUCUCUUCAGUAUCCCCAAUCCAUCACACCGGGUUCUACCAGCUCCUAUGGAAUAUACCCGCAAUAUUACGGGCAUGUGGUUCAACAUGGAGAACAAGAGCGUUAUCCUUUGUAUCAUCACAGUUCUAACUACUCUGGUGUAGCAGAAACUACCAGUUCCAUGCCGCUCCAAGGGCAUGUCAAUCAGCAAAAUGGCUGGGUUGAAGGGUAUCCGUACUCUGUCACUACACCCCGAAGCACACAAGUCCUGGUGGAGGAGCAAAAAGUAGUACCUGAUACGAAAGUUCGUGAGAAUGUUGAGCCUGAAAACCGUAAAACUUUGGCAAAGGAUCACCAGAAUCCUCCUCAGUUAGAUGACGUUGAGGUGAGGAAUCACAAUCAGGUUCGGGAGGUGUCAGCUGCUACGACUGCACCUGGCCAGGAGGCACAUUUACUACCCCCUAGAAGAGAUGCACAGCAGAAUACUCUUGCAAAGCCUGCUACCUACCGUGAUGCUGUUACUGCUGGGCAGGUUUCUCUGUCUGGUAAUGAAGAUCAGCUUUCGACUUCAAAUGGUACAUGUGGUCUUGUUCAUAAUGACUCUGAGUCAAAUCUAAUUGAUCUUAACUUCCCGGAGCCUGUUGAGCUUCCACAGAGGGUAUAUCGUUCAGAGAGAAUACCUCGUGAACAGUUGGAUUUGCUAAAUCGGUUGUCGAAAUCUGAUAACUCACUAAGCUCUCAGUUACUAACGUCUCAGUCACAAACGAACACUGCACAGGAAGAUCCAACAAAAGAAGCAGUUGGAAAGUCGCAUGAAGAUUCCCAAACUGUUAAUGGUGAUGCUACCCACCAAAAGCAUAAAGAUGCUGAGACUGUCUUUGAAAAAGUGGGGGUAUCAGAUGACACGUUGGACUCCGAGCCCCUGCGUAAUGUUGCAAAUCCUAAUGAGUCAAACAAGAACAGAGUAGUUAAUGGGGCAGAUACUGAGAUUGAUGUAAACGCAGCCAUGAUUCAUGUUGUCCCAGAAGAGCAAGCUUCUACUCACGGUUCUGCUUCGCUGCACGGAGAUAUUCUUAUCGAUAUCAACGACCGGUUUCCUCGUGACUUCCUUUCUGAAAUAUUCUCAAAGGCAAUCUCAGAGGUUACAUCUGCUGUCAAUCCAUAUCCUCACGAUGGACCUGCUGUUAGCAUGAAUUUGCAGAAUAAUGAUCCUAAAAAUUGGUCAUAUUUUCAGCAGCUGGCUGAAGACCAGUUUAGCCAAAGAGAUGUUGCGAGUAUUGACCAAGGUGCUGAAAAGACGACAAAUUUUUGCAAAACCGUUCCAUCUGACCUUAUAGAUGGUGGAGAGAGCUCCAUGUUGCCUCACGUCACACCAUCGGGUAGAGAUGGUACUUCAACAAACCUUGCGGAUCCUCAGUUGACUUUAGGCCAAACUUAUGGGGAUGCUUAUUCUGAAAGGGAUGGGGGUGGCACUAGCACUAUUCUCCCUUCUCUGGUGGAUGAGCAGUUUAAGGUCACAGAGAGUGAAGAAUUUGGUGCUAUGGUGGAGAAGCUUAGGAAGCCAGAUUCUGAACCAAAGGUUGAAAAGACAGAAAUAAGACAGGCUGCGGUUCCUCCACUUGGCUCAGAUUUUGACUACAGUGGCUUGCAGAUCAUUAAGAAUGAAGAUCUUGAGGAGUUGAAGGAGCUUGGUUCUGGUUCUUUUGGAACGGUGUAUCAUGGGAAAUGGAGAGGAUCAGAUGUGGCUAUCAAGAGGAUAAAGAAGAGUUCCUUUUCUGUGCGGUCAUCAGAACAAGAGAGAUUGACUGGUGAAUUCUGGGGGGAGGCUGAAAUUCUUUCAAAACUUCAUCACCCGAAUGUGGUAGCAUUCUAUGGUGUUGUCAAAGACGGGCCUGGAGGGACAUUGGCGACUGUGACAGAGUACAUGGUUGAUGGUUCUCUGAGGCAUGUUCUGGUCCGGAAGGACAGGCAUCUUGAUCGUCGUAAGAGACUAAUCAUAGCCAUGGACGCAGCAUUUGGAAUGGAAUAUCUGCACUCCAAAAACACAGUUCACUUCGAUCUGAAAUGUGACAAUUUACUUGUGAACUUAAAAGAUCCUUCUCGUCCAAUCUGCAAGGUUGGUGACUUUGGUUUGUCAAAAAUCAAGAGAAGCACAUUGGUAUCUGGUGGUGUACGUGGAACCUUACCAUGGAUGGCACCAGAGCUUCUAAAUGGGAGCAGCACCAAAGUUUCAGAAAAGGUUGAUGUAUUUUCUUUCGGUAUUGUGCUGUGGGAGAUUCUGACCGGAGAGGAACCAUAUGCGAAUAUGCACUACGGGGCCAUAAUAGGUGGGAUAGUGAACAAUUCAUUGAGGCCAACGAUACCGAGCUUCUGUGACGAUGAAUGGAGAACAUUAAUGGAGGAAUGUUGGGCGCCAAACCCAAUGGCGAGACCAUCUUUCACUGAGAUUGCUGGCCGCUUACGAGUCAUGUCAUCAGCAGCAACUUCGACUCAAUCCAAGCCACCAGCUCACAGGGCUUCCAAAUGA